AUGAGCUCAUUGGCUUCCCUCACGGCGAAGGGGGCGGCGGAUGGGAGUGAGCCACUACCAAGCCCCGCAGCGGCAACUGGUGACAAACCCGCGGACGAUGCAGCAGUAAAGCCACAGAAGGGAUAUCAGCAGCUGGAGGAGGAGAGUGCAACGCGGCUCGACGCAAAGAGCCCAACAAUGUCAAUGCAUUCUGCCUUGAAGGGAAGAAGUGGGCGGGAACGCAGCACCGAGAUGAAGCCGCGUUUUAACCCCGAGGUUUCUGUGAUUGAAACACCUAGCUACGCUAUUGUAAUGAACGGUGAGGAGGGCGAGGGCGAGGACGAGGACGAGGAUAAGGGGUUUACCGUAUUCAACCGCCUUUACGAGGAGGCAAAAACGCGGCUUGAACGCGCCAAGGCGGCAAGAGACAAAGAAGGCGAGGUCGAGGACCCCGAUGCGAAGGAGUGCACGUUUUCUCCCGAGGUGUCAAGUUACGCCAAACAGUUGGGGAAGUACGCGAACUUUGGGGAGUUCCUGCUGAGCCAAGAGCAGCACAGGAAUACGAGUGCCAUGCAUUUUGAGAAAAAGAAGGAAAGAUUGUUGAGCGACGAGCGCUUGGACCUCUUUGAGGACAUGCCACGGGAACACAGUCUCCGCAUCAUUGCGUACUUGGAAAAGGAGCGUCAUUACAAGGGCCCCAUAAAAGGAUGGUAUGAACGUUUUCGUGCUUACAUGAAGAAGCUGCAGAAGCCGGACCGGGAGCUGACGCCAUGUAAGUCUAAAACGCAGUCGGAUGCGUCUUCCGUGCACAGUGGUGUUGCUUGUGACGGCGCCGUCUUUGAGCGGCUCUAUGAGGAUGUGGUUGUGCGGGCGAUUUCGCAGCGCAUUAUGAUGAUGACGCGGCUUGAGAAAGAGGCUCAGGAGCUGUAUCACCCCAUCACAAAUGAGUCCGAGUAUUGGUCAAGUGAGAGCCAAAGCAGUCUGUCUUCCUAUAAGCAGAGGAGCGAUAGCGGUAGUAGCGGCAAUCGGUGCCUCCCGAACCGGGGUGGACAGUUUGCCGCUGUCCACCGCGAUCCCAGUAGCAGCGUCUUUGAGGAACUCUAUGCCAUGAGCGAGGAGCACCGUCGUCGCCGGGAGCUGCGCGCACUGGAGGCUUUGGGCAAUCAGGAGGAGCUUACCUUCCGGCCGGUGACAAACCCGCGAAGCAGCAAAAUCAUCAUGGAGCGCGCCAUUGCCCGUGCGAAGGGUGAAUUGCCAGAGCGCACCACGAGAAAGCAGGGGCUCAGGGAUGCCGAGGGCAACGACCAGCUGGAGGCGAACUCGCAGCAGCGGAGGCGCAACAUUAGGUUUCACCCUGACAUUUUCUGUUCACGGUUGCAGCGCAAAGAGUCAGAGCGGAUGCGGCGUCUGGCAGCGCUCCAGCGCAGGUUGCGUACGGAUGAGGUCUUGGAGUGUACCUUUCGCCCACGCAUCUCCCGCAACAGCCAAAUGAUGGCACUGCAGAAGGGCUACGGCCAGAUCACAUUCCCCCCCGCGUCAGAUGCCUACCCGAGUCAACCUCGCCGUCACCCAUUGGGAAGCGAGGAGGACGACGAUGGCGAUGAUGAGGUUCGCGACCGUGACGCUGGUAGCAUUCUUCUUCAGCAAGAUCCCUGCCGCCACUAUUCGCAACACCAGCAGGACACCUCUCACCGUAGUAGCAGCAAGCGGAAGGCGAGGGACAAUGUCACUAGGACGGAGCAGAACAGCAGCGGCGUGGAGGUGCCGGUCAGACGCAUGUUUGAUGCCGAGGUGGGAGACAGUUACCUUUCUGCGCUCUCGUCGGAGAUUCAGGGGAUUCUCUCGCAGUGGGCGGAGGUGGCGGAACAGGAGAGAGCCACCAUCUGA